CCUACGUGACCGAGAAUAUUACACUCAUGUAGUUAUGCAGUUGUUACAGAUAUCUUCGUUUUCUGAAAUUUGGAUUUGAUAUUUACGUUUUGUACGGGGUCGUUUCAUUUACGGAUGUCCUUAGGAUGAAAACACACGCCAAAGGGACUUUUUUAAGAAUAAUUUUGAAGAGUAUUUCAGAAGGAGAGUUGAUGAGGAUUACGCUUUUGGAAUCUAUUGUUGGAGACAUUGGGUCUUACAUAAAACCAGUGGGUCAUCUGGUUACGCUUUAUUCGGAGACCUCUCACAUUACCAGCAUCAACGACUUAUGUGGAAUUGAAAUGUGCGGUAUGAGAAAAUCCGCCUUUAACUCUGAUCAAAAACUAUUUCUUGUGUCAUUCACAUUCAUCAUCGGGUUGUUUGGAUAUUUGGCGAAACCAUUCAACAGUUAAUUAGAAUCUUUCAUACGUUUAUUUUUGCGUUUACAUUCUGACUACAGACGUAGUCGUUUUUUGAGACGUUACUUUCCCAAUAAAUCAUUCGUCGUUUAAGGUCGUUUUUGUGUGCCUAGCAAAGGUGAUGGGGCAUAAAUGUAGUUUCCCGACGACGGUAUUUAAAUGUUUAUAUGGAGGCCUCUUUUUUUGUCUAACGUAGUAAGUAUUAAAUAAGAUUGUUUUCUAUUUGUUUAUAAUAACAACAUCUUCGUCAUUACACUUCUAUCUCUACCCCUUAUCUCGAAAAGCAUUGCAUUUUUUGUAUUGUAGCAGAAAAUGGAUGCAGGAAUUCAAAAUCACACUGAACAUUAUGUGCACGGCCUCUCCAACCCGAGCUCAGCAGGUCUGUGUGCGGAAAUGCUCGGGGUGGCCGAUGAGGCGUGCAGUGCUGGAGAUUUCGAAUUGGCAGUGGAAAUUUACUCGUCUCAGCUCGCCGAGCUCCAACACACUGACCGCGGCCUCUGCCUCCGGAAAGCCGAUGCUUUGGCUCGCGGAGGACGCAUAUCCGAGGCGCUGGACUCCUAUCGCAUCGCUGCAAACAUCCAGCCACUAAGUCCUGACGAACUGCAGGUUUUAGUUGAUGUCAUAGCCCUAACUAUACGUGUGAAAGAGCAAAGUGACCUUAAGAACUUAAACUUGGGCAACGGAUGUUUUGAGAGCGACGAAUUAGAGGAGGAACAGAAUUUAAACUUGUUUUCAUGCCGUCUUUGCAAGUGCUUGUUAACAGAACCAACGACCCUGGUAUGUGGGCACACUUUCUGUAAGCGCUGCCUUGAAGAGGAUGCGGUGAAAGAGUGCAAAAGUUGCUGCGUAAAAACAACCACAUUACUCAGAAAGUUUAAUGUGGAAGGACUCAGAGUGAAUGUUAUAGUCAGCGGUUUGAUUGAUAAAUGGUUCCACCCGGAAAGCCACGCGAGGCGAUGCUGGUUGGAAGGGGAAAGUCUUUGGAAAGAAGACGAUUUAUCCAGCGCCAUCCAAAAAUUUAACAAAGCGGAGGGAAUAGCACCUUUUAUAUGUAGGCUCCUAGCAAGACGGGCCGAGCUGCAUAUGGAAAUGAAGAAUUUCAGCCAAGCAAUCCAGGAUGGGGACACCAUUUGCCGACUGCGCCCCCUGUGGCCAAAGGCUCACUACAUUAAGGCCACAGCUUUUAGAAGCAUAGGUCAAAGUGAAGAUGCUCUGAGGGAGUAUUUAUACUGCGUGGCUCUAAAAGCUGACUGGAUCACCGUAAAACUGGAUGCUCAGAAGAUCCUGAGUGACAUGUUCACUUCAGUGUUUGUGAACGAUGGUUUGGGCACAUCCCAGCAACCUCUUCUGGCUGGCUCCUCCCCCCGAGUCAAACCCUCAUCCCUCCUCAGUUCUCUUCACUCCCCUCUUUAUAGAGAUGGCGACAAAGCAGGCAGCUCCAAGGAAUCCAGUUGCAGUAAAUUCCAAGAUGGGAGUUCCUCUUUUUUAAACCGGACUGAAAACAAUGUUAACUCUAUUGGCAUCUCUUCUGUAUCGUUAGCCCUUAAGAGGAAAUGGACAGAAGAUCCAAAUGACUUUCAGAUGCCCAACAAACAGCGCAAAAGAGAUGAGGCAUUGUCAUUCAAAUCUCUGCCUACUCUUUCUGAAGAAAGGCAGGUUCCAUUGAAGCUGUUGGACAGUGCAGACUUUGAAUGUUCUCUCUGCAUGAGGUAAUAUUGUUUAUUUCUCUAAAGAGUAAUUAUCAUGCACCUCACACUUCUCACUGUCAUUAAAACGUUCAAAUGCAGCAUGCCACUGGAAAGUGUUUAAAAGCAGCGCACGCACUAAAAAA